AUGGGCGUGACAAGGCCAGUUGACGUGGCUCUGUAUAUUCGGCGAUCGGACAAAGUAAACAAAGGUGAAAAGUCUGAAGCACUAUUACAUACUUUUCGGGAGUAUAUGCAGCAUGUCGACCAUCUGCUUUACCCAGACCACGUGUACCAUGACUACUACGACGAGGAAAACCAUAAACGUGUGGAUAUCUAUGUUGCAACGGACGAUACUAGCAUACCUAAGUAA